UCUCUCUCUCCCCUCCACCCUUUUGCUUUCCCUUCGUUUUAGCUUAAACUUCCAGCAUCCCCCCCUUUCUCUCUAUCUGCUUUUCAGUUUCUCUCUCCUAGGGUUUCUUCUCUACUGGAAACACCCUCACUGCAAAGCACUCGUCUUUCUGUUGUUUUUAUGCUGGAUUUCAUGGCUUAGCUUCUCUGCUCCGGUGGUGACGUAGGAAGGAUUGAGCUCUGAAGUUUUGAUAGGAAGUGAAGGAGGAAAAUGGCGUCGUCGUCGAGAGGGGGUGGUUCGGAACAGCCACCUCAGCAGGCACUGCAGAGGCGGAUAAGCCGAACCCAGACCGCCGGGAACCUUGGGGAGACGGCAUUCGACAGUGAGGUCGUGCCCUCUUCCCUUGUCGAAAUCGCUCCCAUUCUUCGUGUUGCCAAUGAAGUCGAAUCGCACAAUCCUAGAGUUGCUUAUCUCUGUCGAUUUUAUGCCUUUGAGAAGGCUCAUAGGCUGGAUCCCACUUCUAGUGGACGUGGCGUUCGUCAGUUUAAAACUGCCCUUCUUCAACGUCUUGAAAGGGAGAAUGAUCCAACACUCAAGGGAAGAGUUAAAAAAAGUGAUGCACGUGAAAUGCAGAGCUUCUACCAUCAUUACUACAAAAAAUAUAUUCAAGCUUUGUCAAGUACUCAUAAAGCUGACCGUGCACAGCUUACCAAGGCAUACCAGACUGCCAAUGUUCUCUUUGAGGUUUUAAAGGCUGUUACAAUGACACAAUCUAUGGAAGUUGAUCGUGAGAUUUUGGAAGCUCAUGAUAAAGUUACAGAAAAGACACAGCUCUUGGUCCCUUACAAUAUCCUUCCACUUGAUCCUGAUAGUGCAAAUCAAGCAAUUAUGAAAUAUCCAGAGGUACAAGCUGCUGUUUUUGCUCUUCGUAACACCAGGGGUCUUCCUCGGCCAAAGGAUGACAAUAAGAAAAACGAGGAAGACAUUCUGGAUUGGCUUCAGUCAAUGUUUGGGUUUCAGAAGGAUAAUGUGGCAAAUCAGAGGGAGCACCUUAUACUUUUGCUUGCAAAUGUGCACAUAAGGCAGUUUCCAAAGCCUGAUCAACAACCUAAGUUGGAUGAUCGUGCAUUGACAGAAGUGAUGAAGAAGCUUUUCAAGAACUACAAAAAAUGGUGCAAGUAUUUGGGCCGGAAAAGUAGCCUUUGGUUACCAACAAUACAGCAAGAGGUGCAACAGCGCAAACUACUAUACAUGGGUCUAUAUCUUCUGAUAUGGGGGGAAGCUGCAAAUUUGAGAUUCAUGCCAGAGUGCCUUUGUUAUAUCUAUCACCAUAUGGCAUUUGAAUUGUAUGGUAUGCUCGCUGGGAAUGUCAGUCCAAUGACGGGAGAGAAUGUGAAGCCAGCCUAUGGUGGCGAAGAAGAGGCUUUCUUGAGAAAAGUUGUGACUCCAAUUUAUGAAGUGAUUGCAAAAGAGGCUGAAAGGAGUAAACGAGGGAAAUCAAAGCAUUCCCAGUGGAGAAAUUAUGAUGAUUUAAAUGAGUACUUUUGGUCAGUGGAUUGUUUCCGGUUAGGCUGGCCAAUGCGUGCAGGUGCUGAUUUCUUUUGCAUGCCUAUUGAUCAGCGUCAUUUUGAUAAAAUUAACGAGGAUAAAAAGCCAGCUAGUGGAGAUCGAUGGGUGGGGAAAGUUAAUUUCGUUGAGAUACGAUCAUUUUGGCAUAUUUUUAGAAGCUUUGACCGCAUGUGGAGCUUCUUUAUUCUAUGUUUACAGGUUAUGAUAAUUGUUGCUUGGAACGGCUCGGGGCAACCUACUGCAUUAUUUAAUGGUGAUGUAUUCACGAAAGCAUUGUCUGUCUUCAUAACUGCUGCUGUAUUGAAACUUGGGCAAGCGUUUCUAGAUGUAAUUCUUAGCUGGAAGGGUAGGCGGAGUAUGUCAUUCCAUGUUAAGUUGAGAUACAUUUUGAAGGUCAUCACAGCUGCUGGGUGGGUGGUAAUUCUACCGAUUACUUAUGCAUAUAGUUGGAAAAACCCUCCUGCGUUUGCUCAAACUAUCAAAAGUUGGUUUGGCAAUGGUGGACAUCAACCUUCUUUGUUUAUCUUGGCUGUUGUUAUCUACUUGUCACCAAACAUGCUGGCUGCGGUGCUGUUUCUGUUCCCAUUUAUUCGUAGAUUCCUUGAGAGAUCAAAUUAUAAGAUUGUGACGUUUAUGAUGUGGUGGUCACAGCCUCGACUUUAUGUCGGGAGGGGAAUGCAUGAGAGCACAUUUUCCCUUUUCAAGUACACAAUGUUUUGGGUACUUCUCAUAAUUACCAAGCUGGCAUUCAGUUACUAUAUAGAGAUAAAACCUUUAGUUGGUCCAACAAAAGCCAUCAUGAGUGUACGUGUAACUAAUUUUCAGUGGCACGAGUUUUUUCCCCGUGCAAAGAACAAUAUCGGUGUUGUGAUUGCACUCUGGGCUCCAAUUAUCCUUGUGUAUUUUAUGGAUACCCAGAUUUGGUAUGCCAUUUUCUCCACAAUAUUUGGAGGAAUUUAUGGUGCAUUCCGUCGUCUUGGAGAGAUUCGAACAUUAGGAAUGCUGAGAUCUCGUUUUCAAUCACUUCCUGGUGCUUUUAAUGCCCGUUUGAUUCCGGCCGAAAAGAGUCAACCAAGGAAGAAAGGACUGAAGGCUACUUUGUCUCGCAACUUUGCUCAGGUUGAAGUCAACAAAGAGAAAGAGGCAGCAAGAUUUGCUCAAUUAUGGAACAAGAUAAUAAGCAGUUUCCGAGAGGAGGAUCUUAUAAACAAUAGGGAGAUGAACCUUUUGCUUGUUCCUUAUUGGGCUGAUCGUGAUUUAGGCCGCCUUACUCAGUGGCCUCCAUUUUUACUUGCCAGCAAGAUCCCGAUAGCAUUAGACAUGGCCAAGGACAGCAAUGGCAAGGAUAAAGAGUUGAAAAAGAGGAUUGAGGCUGACAAUUACAUGUCUUGUGCUGUUUUGGAAUGUUAUGCUUCAUUUAGGAACAUAAUCAAGCUUCUGGUUCAGGGAGAACGUGAGAAAGAGGUUAUAGAUUAUAUAUUUUCUGAGGUUGACAAGCACAUAGAGGCGGGUGACCAUGUUGAAUACAAGAUGAGUGCUCUUCCUAGCCUCUAUGAUCAAUUCGUUAAGCUCAUCAAACAUCUGCUGGACAAUAAUAAGGAUGAAAGGGAUCAAGUUGUGAUUCUGUUCCAGGACAUGCUGGAGGUAGUGACUAGAGACAUAAUGAUGGAGGACCAUAUAUCCAGUUUGGUAGAUUCAAUCCAUGGCGCGUCUGGCCAUGAAGGGAUGAUGCCCCUUGAUCAACCUCAACAGUAUCAGUUGUUUGCGUCUUCUGGGGCUAUCAGAUUUCCUAUUCAACAAGUAACAGAGGCGUGGAGGGAAAAGAUUAAGCGUCUUUAUCUUUUGCUUACGACAAAAGAGUCUGCCAUGGAUGUACCGUCCAACUUAGAAGCUAGAAGGCGGAUUUCAUUCUUCUCAAAUUCAUUGUUUAUGGACAUGCCUCCAGCACCAAAAGUUCGAAAUAUGCUCUCUUUCUCUGUUUUAACUCCUUACUACACCGAGGAGGUUCUGUUUUCAUUGCGUGAUUUGGAAGUGCCAAAUGAAGAUGGGGUUUCAAUUCUCUUCUACUUGCAAAAAAUUUACCCAGAUGAGUGGAACAAUUUUCUUCAGCGUGUCAAUUGCACCAGUGAAGAGGAGCUUAAAGGAUCAGAUGAAUUGGAAGAAGAACUUCGCCUUUGGGCAUCAUAUAGAGGGCAAACUCUGACUCGUACUGUAAGGGGAUUGAUGUACUACCGGAAAGCUUUGGAGCUUCAGUCUUUUCUCGAUAUGGCCCAAGAUGAUGAUUUAAUGGAAGGCUAUAAGGCCAUAGAAUUGAAUUCUGAGGAUCAAUCAAAGGAAGGCAGGUCACUGUGGGCACAAUGUCAAGCAGUAGCUGAUUUGAAAUUUACAUAUGUGGUAUCAUGCCAACUAUAUGGGAUACACAAGCGAUCUGGUGAUCCUCGUGCUCAAGACAUUCUGAGGCUUAUGACAACAUAUCCAUCACUACGUGUGGCAUAUAUUGAUGAGGUUGAGGAGCCUAGCAAAGAUAGUUCCAAGAAGAUGAACCAAAAAGUUUAUUACUCUACUCUAGUAAAGGCUGCUCUACCAAAGUCAAUUGAUUCUUCAGAGCCCGUACAAAAUCUGGACCAAGUAAUUUAUCGCAUAAAGCUUCCAGGACCUGCUAUUUUGGGUGAAGGAAAACCAGAGAAUCAAAAUCAUGCCAUUAUUUUCACACGUGGAGAAGGCUUGCAAACAAUGGAUAUGAACCAGGAUAACUACAUGGAAGAAGCCUUGAAGAUGAGGAAUUUGCUGCAAGAAUUUCUCGAGAAGCAUGAUGGGGUGAGGCAUCCUACAAUUCUUGGACUUAGGGAGCAUAUAUUUACUGGAAGUGUUUCUUCUCUAGCUUGGUUCAUGUCAAAUCAGGAAAACAGUUUUGUCACUAUUGGUCAGAGACUGUUGGCCAAUCCUCUCAAGGUUCGAUUCCAUUAUGGUCAUCCGGAUGUGUUUGAUAGGCUCUUUCACCUUACCAGAGGGGGUGUCAGUAAAGCAUCCAAGGUUAUCAAUUUGAGUGAAGACAUAUUUGCUGGCUUUAAUUCCACACUCCGUGAAGGCAAUGUAACUCAUCACGAGUACAUACAAGUUGGGAAGGGAAGAGAUGUGGGCCUUAACCAGAUCUCUAUGUUUGAAGCGAAAAUAGCUAAUGGAAAUGGGGAGCAGACACUCAGUCGAGAUAUAUACCGACUUGGACACCGUUUUGACUUUUUCCGAAUGAUGUCUUGCUAUUUCACCACAAUUGGUUUCUACUACAGUACUCUGAUAACUGUGCUGACUGUGUACGUCUUCCUUUAUGGACGCCUUUAUCUGGUUCUUAGUGGACUUGAAGAGGGUUUGAGCACUCAACGAGCAAUUCGAGACAACAAGCCUCUUCAAGUAGCUCUUGCGUCUCAAUCAUUUGUUCAAAUAGGAUUUUUGAUGGCGUUGCCUAUGUUGAUGGAAAUUGGUUUGGAGAAGGGUUUCCGAACUGCACUAAGUGAAUUCAUAUUGAUGCAAUUGCAAUUGGCCCCGGUAUUUUUCACAUUUUCACUUGGAACGAAGACCCACUAUUAUGGAAGGACAUUACUUCAUGGUGGUGCGAAAUAUAGAUCUACAGGCCGUGGGUUUGUGGUUUUCCAUGCCAAAUUUGCUGACAACUAUAGGCUUUACUCCCGCAGCCACUUUGUUAAGGGCAUUGAGCUCUUAAUUUUACUUGUCGUGUACCAGAUCUUUGGUCAUACUUAUAGAAGUGCUGUUGCGUACAUUUUGAUCACUGCAUCUAUGUGGUUUAUGGUGUUUACCUGGCUCUUUGCUCCCUUUCUGUUCAAUCCAUCUGGGUUUGAGUGGCAAAAGAUUGUUGAUGAUUGGACGGAUUGGAAUAAGUGGAUAAGCAACCGUGGGGGUAUAGGUGUUCCACCUGAAAAAAGCUGGGAAUCAUGGUGGGAGGAGGAACAAGAGCAUCUCCGAUAUUCCGGAAAACGUGGUAUUGCAGCUGAGAUACUGUUAUCCUUACGGUUCUUUAUCUAUCAGUAUGGGCUCGUAUAUCACCUGAACAUCGCAAAGCAUACCAAGAGUGUUAUGGUUUAUGGCAUUUCGUGGCUGGUGAUUGUCCUUAUUUUGUUUGUUAUGAAGACUGUGUCUGUUGGGAGGCGAAAGUUCAGCGCAGAUUUCCAACUUGUGUUCCGGCUGAUCAAGGGACUAAUAUUCAUAACUUUCGUGUCCAUUUUGGUCACUUUGAUUGUGUUGCCUCACAUGACCCUGCAGGAUAUCAUCGUCUGCAUUCUUGCUUUCAUGCCAACUGGUUGGGGAAUGCUUCUGAUUGCACAAGCUUGCAAGCCUGUUGUGCACAGGGCUGGUUUAUGGCCAUCAGUUCGGACUCUUGCUCGCGGCUUUGAGAUUGUUAUGGGUCUCCUUCUAUUCACCCCGGUUGCAUUCUUGGCCUGGUUUCCUUUUGUUUCCGAAUUCCAGACUCGUAUGCUCUUCAACCAAGCAUUCAGCAGAGGUCUGCAGAUUUCUCGUAUUCUUGGCGGGCAACGGAAGGAUCGCUCAUCCCGGAACAAGGAGUAACCUUACUAGUAACAAGAGCAACAUCCGAGCUCAUUUUUCGAUCGCCUCGCUACCGUCGGCGGACUUAGCUAAACAAUAUCUCCUUCAUAUGUGUUGUAAUUAUUAGUGUGUUUGGGUUGCGUUUUUGUUAGUUCCACCUGACUGACCUGCAACCUCGUCAGUUGUCAGAUCUUAUUAAGAUGCAUUAUGCGGGGUGUGAUCAAGCAGACGGAAGACCAUAUGCAGUAGAAGACGUAUGUGGUUAUGUAUAUCAUUGAUGGUGUAUGGGGAGCGUAUAUCGAUUCUAUAUCCAGUUUUUAGCAGCCGAUCGAUUAAUCA